AUGGGUAAACGCAAAGAUUGGCGGGAGACUUCCAGCUUGGCUCCUUCGAGCCCACCGAAAACCACUGUCAGCUUGACGAUGAGGCCUACUACACCUACAAGCCCAGUCAAGAUCCCUACCACCAACAACCGAAAUAGCGCCCAUCCUCAAAAGCGUCAUUCAUCACAGAGGAAACGAAGCAAUGACUCCCGAUCUUCAGACAACCUUUCACCAUCUCUGGCUGCACUCUUGGCCGUCACAGAUAUUCCCAAGCACAAGCAACUUCAACGACGACGACGCCGAUCUGACAAGACCCUGACCGUGAAGGAGGUCAUCGACUGCCAGCAUGCCUCAGAGAAGGAACUUAGCUGGACAUUCAGCAGCCCUCUUGACAUGCUUCUCUCCCCACCUCAGGAUAUCAUGGACGAUGACGACAGUGUGAGCGAUUGCAACAUUGGCUCUAGCAUGUCAACAAGAACUUAUUCCAUUGAUUCUAUUCCUUCUCUGGAUGACUCGUUCUCAAGUGAUGGCCUUUCAUCUCUUGGCAGCCCAAGAACACCCAGCCCAUGCUCCCGAAGGACGAAAUCGACACCCAUGCGAAAGUCGCUGGAGCCUGUCAUUUCCCCUCCUGGCUCAAUCGAUGAGCACCCGUUGGCUAGAGACGAUUUGGAUGUUGACGAAUUGGACCUUACUACCGUCGACCAACCUGAGGUUCACGCCAAGUCACAGUUCCUGCAGCCUUUCAAGCCUUUGAGAUCUGUAUUUAAGUCGAACCUUACUGCUUCUCUCCGAGCUCUCCGCUCUGCUGCUCGAUCUUUCUCCGCUCUCAAUCUCCCAUCUAUUCCUGCUGAUGAUUACUUGACUCGAUCAAUUUUGACCAUCGAUCCUAAUGUGCCUUACGCUGAUGAGCGUCGGCCACCUGUCUCCGAGGAGAUGCCUUCAGCAGCGAUGCGCCGUUAUCUUAACCCUACCACGAACGCCAGGAUUGAGCCACCCACAAAAACCGUUUUCGCGGGGACCUUUGCUGCAUCCAUUCAGAUGCGUACUUACAAGAUCCAGCGCUCCCGAGCACCUCCGGGCUCUACCCGAAACUCUUAUCCAUCAACCUCGCUCCAGUCACAGCCUUCCCCUGCACCUCAGCAGCAGCCACAGCCGCAGGUCCCCACACUGGUGCCAGGCAUGCGACAGCGGGAAAUGCGUGAGAACUCCGACUUCAUCCGCAUCGCUGUGAUGGAGAUGGCUAUGCGCAAGCGUGGAAAGCUUGACGACCAGCGACCCGGCCGGGCCCGUUUUGCACUUCCUCCUCGACAGACAUCGACCAAGCCCUACGAGAUGGGCACAAAUGGUGUUCCGGCCCGCUGGAUCCCUAUCAUGGCCUAG